AUGCAACCCAGCAAAAAGAAGUUUGACUGCAACCUGUGCAAGCACAAAUUUGUGCACCUGACCGGUCUGGAACGGCAUAAGAAAAAGUACCACCAGGACGAGAUGGAGCAAAAACGCCAGCUCGAAACGGCUACCAGAUCGGAGCAACAAUUUGUCGAUAUAGUGCUGAAGUGCCGAGGAUGUGGCGAAAUCUUCCUCAAACCCAACCAGUACGAGGCCCACAGCCUGCACUACAACUGGGAGAGUCUGCUCGCGGAUAUGCCGGCUUGUUAUAUCGACCGAAAGGAAUGUCUCUACCGCAAGCAGAUGGCCAUCGUGGUCGUCCAUUCGCUGUACCGUUGCGAAUUUUGCGACACUUUCUUUUCGGACUUAUCCUCACUAUUCCAUCACCAGUCCUGCCACGAUCCGAUCGAUGGUUACAGCUGCAUUCCGUGCGAUAAGGAAUUUCCCACCCUAGACGAAAUCCUAGCUCAUCGGGCCACGUGCGCGGGUUUCCAGAACAUCGAAACUAAGUGCGUUUUGAACGCGCUCAAGAUGUACAGCUGCAAUGUGUGCCUGGGCUUCUACGAUACGUUGCCAUUGUUGUACGAGCACCGCUACAAGGAUCAUCAUUACUUGCCGCGUGCCACUAAUUUGUUCGGGCAAAUCGUAAGGGACCCGAGCCUGAAGCUGUUCUGCGAGCUGUGCGGUUGCAUUUGCGACUGCAUUGAUACAUUUCUGCAGCACCGUCUCGAGCAGCAUUCCAAGAUGGUUCUGUGCGUCGGUGCCACGGAGGACGGUAUCGUCAAGACGCAGGCACUCCCAGGAGAGGAAUCCAACGCCGUCCGGCCGUUUCUGUGCGAGAAGUGCGGUAAAACGUACACCCAAUCGAGCCAUCUGUGGCAACACCUGCGCUUCCACAACGGUGUGCGACCGUUUGCCUGUCCGAAGGAGGGCUGCACUCGUCGGUUCACGAUUCGUCCGGAUCUGAACGAUCACAUCCGCAAGUGUCACACCGGAGAGCGACCGUAUGAAUGCAAGGAAUGCCACAAACGGUUCCUUACCGGUUCGGUGUACUAUCAGCACCGGUUGAUACAUAAGGGUGAGCGACGUUACGCAUGUCCUGAUUGUGCCAGGCGCUUUUAUCGGGCCGAUGCGCUGAAGAACCAUCAGCGGAUUCACACGGGUGAAAAGCCGUACUCUUGCUCGUUGUGCGAUCGCAAGUUCCGCCAGCGUGGUGAUCGUGAAAAGCACGUGCGCGUCAAGCACCUGCGGAUGGGUUAG